AAUCAAAUGUUUGAAUUUAUGUUUUAAAGACAAGAAAUAUUGGUGAAUGAAAUAAAGCCAUCUGCCUUCAUAAAAAAAUGAUUUGUUUUAUUUUGAACAGGCUUUUGUAUGUAAAAAAAUAUAAGAUAUAAAAAUAGAUGUGUUUGAAGAAAAUAUAAAAUUUUUAGGCGUGGUAAUAAACUUAUAAAAAUUGUGGCGAAAACUAUUCUGACAGGUAGGUUGCAAACGGGACAAUUUAUUACUUGACGCAUCUUGCCAUGAAAUUCAGUGUGCAAAACUUGCUCUUAUGGAGAAAUCCUCGUGUCAGCGGAAUAAUGUUGGGAUCAGGAUUACUCGUCCUACUGGCUCUGUCUUUUUACAAUGUUUUGGUGGUCAUAACCUGCCUGGCAAUACCUCUUGUGGUCACCACGUUAAGUGUACGAGCGAUGUAUUCCGCAAAAUGUGCUUUGCUAAAACAACAAGGCGAGAAUCCAUUUCAACACUGGCUUGACGAAGGAUGGAGGAUUGGGGAUCAAAGAAUGGACUCGAUCAACCGACGAAUAGCAGAUUUAACGAAUACGAUAGUUUUAGAAGUCAAACGAAUUGUCUUAGUCGAAGAUUUUGUUGAUAGUUUAAAAAGUCUUCUCUUUCUUUACUUAUGGUAUUACAUAGGGAAAAAUAUCAGCGGAUUGACUCUUCUGUUCCUCGGACUUGUAGGUUUAUUUACGGUACCGAAAAUAUAUGACAUGUAUAGAAAGGAAAUUGAUGGAGCAAUUAAACAGACGAGGUUAAAAUAUGAAGAUUUCUAUAGCAGGCUGAUUGACAGAAUACCAGGUACUAAGAAGCGAAAUUUUAAAAAUGUUACAGACAAUGGCGUUCAUGUUCAAAAUAAAGAAAGCAUAAACAAAGAGAAUAAAACAGAGUAAGCAGGAUAAAUCAAUAAAGAAUGUGCGAAGAAUUAGCGAGGCAAAUCCUAUAUAUUUGUGCGGAGAAGAAUAAGUUAUUAGUGUGGAUUGAAGAGAUGUUUAAAAUCGUUUUAUUUGUAUAUAAAUUGUAAUUUUCAUUCUGUAUAUAGGUUAUUUAUCCUAAAUUUCAAGCUAUUUUAAAGAAGCUGCGGACAUUUUGCGGAAUUAAACAAAGCGACGUUAAAUCUGUUUAUCACAGGAGGCGCAACGAGAAAAAAUUCGAACAAUUUAUUUUGAGGUUCCACAAGCGGUUAUAAUUUUAGCGUGAGAUGAUAUCAUUUUGAGGAAUCCAAAAAAUAUAAUAUAAUUGGUGCGAAUAUA